AUGUGGGAGCUCAGCGCUCAGAACAAGGAUGCUGUGCGCCUGACCUUAGAGCAAAUCGAUGUUGUCAAGAGGAUGUGUAACAGCUAUGAAGAGCUGGAGCUUGUGAUGACUUCCCAAGGUAUCUCUGACAGUAGAGGGAUUGCAUGUUUGAUUGGAAUAGAAGGUGGCCACUCCAUUGACAGCAGCUUGGCAGCACUGAGGAUGUACUAUGACUUGGGUGUUCGUUACAUGACUCUAACACACUCCUGCAACACCCCUUGGUCUGAAUCAUCAUCUAAAGGAAUACACAACUUUUAUCCUAAUGUUAUUGGUCUGACUGCAUUUGGCCAAGAAGUGGUAAAGGAGAUGAAUCGCCUGGGUAUGCUGAUAGAUUUAUCUCACACCUCCUACUCCACUGUGAAAGCUGCACUCAAUAUCUCAAAAGCACCAGUAAUUUUCAGCCACUCAGCAGCAUUUUCUCUUUGUAAUCACUCAAGAAAUGUUCCUGAUGAUAUCCUCCAGCAACUGAAAAAGAACAAGGGAAUUAUCAUGGUGACUUUCAAUGCAGAUGUACUGGCCUGUGGCAGAAAAGUUGUUAAUAUUUCUACCCUUGCAGAUCAUUUUGACCAUAUAAAGGAAAUUGCAGGCUCAGAAUCUAUAGGAAUUGGUGGUGACUAUGAUGGAGUGGAACACUUUCCAGAGGGAUUGGAAGAUGUCUCUAAAUACCCUUCUUUGAUAGAAGAACUUCUUAGAAGAGGAUGGAAUGAAACUGAACUGAAAGGAGUCUUAAGGGAGAACUUUCUCCGUGUCUUCAGGGAAGUAGAAAAUGUGCGGAACACUUUUGGAGUAAUGGACGUAGGUGAAAGUGAAAUUCUGCAAGAAGCACAAAAUUCCUGUCGCCUAGACCUGCGUAAGCCUCAGCCUCAGCCAUCCAGGUCCUUUGGAUUUCCUUCUGUGGCACAACCUUUCAGUCUGACACUUGUAUCAUGUUUAAUGCUGUGUUAUGUAUCAUAGGAUCUAUAGGGUCUAGAGAUUUAUGGAAUAUUCUGCAAUGCAACUACUUAUCUUUCUGUGAUUUGUUAAUGGAAGACUAUAAUCAAUUUUAAACAUAAUUUUUAUAAAUUCAUCUUCAUACUUGAAAAAUCAAGUAAAUUAUAAAUGAUGUAGCAAAAGUGUUUAGAAUUUGAAGUGAUAAAUUCUGUAUCACCUCGGCUGGACCAGGACCAACAUUGUUAAUGGAAAAUAGUCACAUUUAAAGAAUAAAUUCUGUAAGACUUGAUGCAUGGUUUUGGUACCCAUAUUGUGGUAUAAAUACUGAAAUCCAGAACCACC